UAAGAAACCCUCAUUAUCGAGUUCUGUGAGAUCUGCAGCGAGCAAAAACAAUAGCGAAGACAGCCCCCUCUCCUUCUUCCCCUUCCUCUCCCCACUGAAACAAAAAACCUGCUCUCCGUUGGAUCUAAUAUAUAGACACAACAAGUUGUCCUGGUAACCAUAUAUAUAAACCCAGAAUUACUAUUUCUUCAAAUAUGAGGAUUCGAAAGAACGCAAAGCUAUCGUCUCUCGUGUUCUCGCACGGUUCAGGAGCUCAGCCACUACAGACGCAUGUUUGCCAGCUUAACCAGUCACCAUGGGAUGUGAUUUCUUUCUCUCAAGAAACUUAUUACCCGUCUUCUUCACUCAGCCAGUUCGAAGGAGAAGAUAGCCUUAAUGGAAAUGGUAGCUUAGGCGAUUCUAUCGGUGCUGUUGAGAGCGUGGCGUCGAUGAUGAUGGAAGAUUCGGAACAGAAGGGAAUGAUUAAAAUGAAGGUCGAUAAUAUGGUUAUUAUUGACGAUAAUCAUGACAAUGAAGGUAACAGGAGAUCAGAGAUGCUUGACGAUUACGAAGGAAUGAAAAUAGAUAGCGAAUUCGAGCUAAAGAAAUGCAACAAGACUGAUGGCAAAGGUUGGCAUUGCAAGAAUGAGACUAGAAAUGGGCUCACCAUGUGCGACCAUCAUCAUCAUUUGACAUCUCUCAAAUCAUCAUCAUGUAACAACGGCAACAUUAAUGGCAGUGCCAUUGCUACAAAAAAACCUGAUAAGGGUACUUGUAUUACCGGGGCACGCCGUGGUCGGGCAAAGUCAGCUAAAAAAGGGUCAUCAUCCAACUCAAAUCCGUAUGAAUUUUAUUACUAUUCUGGGUUUGGGCCGUUGUGGGGCAAGAGAAGAGGAGAUAGAGAUGCAGUCAACAAGAAUGAGGACAAAGAUGUUGACAACGGUACCAUUAUUGAUUCCAUGACUCAAAAUACGACACCGUUUUCAAGUUCUUCGCCAAUUGAAAAUAAUCGGCAGUUUGAUCAUGUCGAGGAGGAGGAGGAGGACGACGACGACGACGAAGAGGAGGAGGAUAGCGGCAAGAAACGGAUGCGGAAACCCGUGAAAGCGCGGUCCCUGAAGUCUUUUAUGUGAAGAGUUUGGAGGAGAGGCAGGAGAAGAGAAGAUGCUGUGGCUGCUGCUGGUGUUCCAAUUUAUUUUUUGAAAUUAUCGGGGGUUAUCUAUUUAUUUAGUUUAGGGUUAGGGGAGUUUUUGGUGAUAAUCUUGUUGCACGUGUUGUUGUGUUUUGCUAUGUGUGAAAUUAAUGUUUUCUCUGUAACAUGACAGUAGGGAGGGCUGUAGGGUGUGUGAGUAGCUGACUUUAAUAUUAGAGAUUGUGCAGGUCACUUGAUUGAAAGGGUAGUAAUGUAAUUUCAAGCUCUCGUUUUAUCUUUUUCAA